AUGUCUGUCGAGACCAUUACGACGAUUUCGCCCAUCACCAACAAGCCAAUUCUUACACGCAAUGGCCUCUCAGAUGCUGAUCUCCAAUCAAUCCCUGAGAGAGCCGUCAAGGCCUUUGAAGCCUACCGCCGCACCUCCCUUUCAGAGAGGCAGCAAAUUGUCAAGAAGGCAUUGAAGCUACUCAAUGACCGUCAGGAUGAACUCGGCAAAGAGGUGACGGAGCAAAUGGGUCGCCCAAUUGCUUUCACGCCCAAAGAGAUUACCACCGCCGUGGCACGCGGCGAGUAUCUCCUCAAAAUUAGCGAGGACACCCUCAAAGACACGCCAGGCGAGCCAGAGAAGGGCUUUACCCGCUACAUCAGAAAAGUUCCAAUCGGUCCAGUGCUUAUUCUAUUCCCAUGGAAUUAUCCGUAUCUGACCCUGGUAAAUUCGAUAGUCCCCGCCUUGCUCGCAGGCAAUUCGGUUAUCCUCAAGCCCUCGCCCCAGACCCCAACCAGUGCCGAACAGAUUCAGCGUGUUUUCCGCGAUGCCGGACUUCCUGAGGAUGUCAUCCAGGUUUUCCACUCUGGUUCUCUCGUCCAGAUUGGAGCGAUCGCCAGAUCCCCGCAGAUACAAUUGGUCUGCUUCACCGGGUCCGUUGCGGGGGGCCUCGCGGUGCAGAGCGCUGCUAGUGAUCGAGUCCCCCUCCGUGUGGGUCUCGAGCUCGGUGGUAAGGAUCCUGCCUAUAUCCGUGCGGACGUCGAUAUCAAGUGGGCUGCGGAAGAGAUUGUGGAUGGCGCCGUCUUCAAUUCGGGCCAGAGCUGCUGCAGUGUGGAACGAGUGUAUGUGGAUGAGAAAAUACACGAUGAAUUCGUCACAGCUCUUCAGGAGGUCUUGAAGGGAUACAAGCUUGGUGAUCCAUUCGACAGCAAGACUCACGUUGGACCUGUUGUAUCACAACGAUCAGCCGAGUCUAUCAAAGCCCACGUCAAAGAUGCUCUCGAGAAGGGCGCCCAAGACGCUACUCCAGAGAACGACUCUUUCAAGUCGCCACCUGCAGACGGUAACUACGUUGCGCCAACCCUUCUCACCGGUGUGAAUCAUGACAUGGCGGUCAUGACUGAAGAGACCUUCGGCCCCGUGAUCCCCGUCAUGAAGGUCAAGAACGACCAAGAAGCGGUCAAACUCAUGAACGAUAGCCAAUUUGGGUUAACGGCAAGCAUCUGGACCAAAGAUGUCGAAAAGGGUCAUGAACUUGUUGAAGACGUUGAGGCUGGAACAGUGUUUGUGAAUCGGUGCGACUAUCCUGCUCCGGAUCUUGCGUGGGUUGGCUGGAAGGAUUCAGGAAAGGGUCAGACCCUGAGCAAGUUCGGUUUCGAUCAAUUUGUCAAGCUAAAGAGCUUCCACGUAAAGGACUAUCCUAAAUAG